UUGUGGUUCUGUUCAGUUAGAUAAACCCAGUUGAUGAUUUUGCCUGGCUCAGGCGUAGCUAGCUCUUAUUUAAAUUUUGUGGCUACUAUGUUUUUUUUUUAUCUCCAAGACUCCACCGAGUUUUGUUCUUGAUUUUGUCUGUUACUCAUCAUGAUUCUUCCCUGUCAGAAGUCAGAACCUCAUUCCACUUGUUUUUGUCCACAAACCACAAUCUAUCCAUAAAGUUUCUUACUUUCUCAUCUUCUUGGGCACCACAGCAGGUCCAGGAGCAGCAGCCAUCUUGAUUCUUGAGACGAUAAUGGUGCUGAAGGUGGACCUUCAGUGUCACAAAUGCUAUAAGAAGGUCAAAAAAGUUCUCUGCAAAUUCCCUCAAAUACGAGACCAGAUAUACGACGAGAAGCAAAACCAGGUGGUCAUCAAAGUGGUAUGCUGCAGUCCAGAGAAGAUAAGGGACAGGAUAUGCUGCAAAGGUGGGGGAGCCAUCAAGGGCAUUGAGAUCAAAGAGCCUGAGAAGCCCAAACCACCACCGCCGGCAGACAAACCCAAACAAGCACCGCCGGCAGACAAACCCAAACCACCACCGCCGGCAGACAAACCCAAACCACCACCGCCGGCAGACAAACCAAAACCACCACCGGCGGCAGACAAACCCAAACCACCACCGCCCGAAGACAAACCCAAACCACCACCGCCGGCAGACAAACCCAAACCACCGCCGGAAGACAAACCCAAACCACCGCCGGCAGACAACCCCAAACCUCCACCUCCACCUGCGCCUGUUCCUAUAUGCUACCCACCGCCUAACGUGAACGCGUGCUGUAUGGAUUGUUACCAUGGGCAUCCCGGUGGGCCAUGCCAGACUGGCUACGGUGGAAUUGCCCCAUACAUCCAGUAUGAUGGUUACUAUGGAAGGCCUGUGUACGACAGUUAUGGCGGUGGCAGGAGCUACAAUACCAACUAUUGUGUUGCCCGCUCUGACUGUUUCAGUGAAGAAAAUCCCCAAGGCUGCACAGUCAUGUGACUUCCCAUAUGGUGCACUGCGGAAUAUUGUUGAGGUCAAGUUCAUUUGGGUUUGGAGUUUCAGGGACAUAAAUUAAAUAUAUGUAAAUCAUCUUCAAUCUUUCAUUUUAUGUUUAAUUAGCAGCAGUCCAGUGUUAGUGUUGGUGUUGGUGUUGGUUUAGUUUAUAGGAGAAGAAAAGUGAUCAAUAAAGUUGGUUGUUGAUGGUGGUGGAGGACUAAGUCACAAUCAGGUUAUUAUUCGUUGUACCUACAUACAUUACAUGAAGAUGAAUGAAGUUGCUGCUGCUACAAUUUUCAAUGCAAUAAUAAACAAGUUUCCAUUGCACAAGUU